AAAUAUGUCAUUUGUUAAAAAAAACUUGCCGGGAUCUUGGCAACGAAACAUCUGCAAAAUUGAUCUUGUUAUAAACAAAGUAUACUGCGUAAUAGUUAUUUUUGUUCGUUAUCGUUACCAGUCGCAGUCUGUCCUUGCCAUUCUGAACACAAUUUCGGCCAAAGAUGUCGACGAAAGAUUUUAACAUCUCGCGGGACGAGUUCCGAAACAUCACCCGUUGUUUGGACAACGAGGAGUUCCGUGGCCUGUUCAUGGAGUACUGCAACGACCUGCGAGAUAAUCGGAAACAGUACGAGGACGAGCUGUCCCAGCUCGAAGCGCAACGAGGAUACGACGUAAAGUUCCUGAAGCCGUCGCCGGGUUACGUAAUCAAAACAAUCGUCGACGGUAAGCGGAAGGGGUUCGUAAACGUGUGCCAGUGCGAGCUGGUGCAGAAACCUACCAGCACGUCCGGCGUAAAUGAGGACGGUACGAAGGGUCUGAAGUGGAGCAUCCCGUACGCCCAGUCGCAACCGAGAAAGGAUUACGACAACAAGCAAAUUGAGUGCAUCGUGUACGAUGUUAUGUUCCACCCGGACGCGCUGCAUUUGGCUUCGAAAAAUGACGGCUUCCGGAAGCUGCUCAACGACACGUCGCUCGAUGCCGUGGAGAAGUCGUUCAGUGUGAAGCUGGACCGGGCCAAUUUGCGCUUCCCCAAGCUACAGUACAAAGGUACCCCCAGUUCUGCGGUGGUCCGACAGAAAAUGCCCGGCUGCGAUAGUCUGCCGAAGGACGAACUGUUCGACAAAUUGCUGCCACCACUUCCCAAAGCGGAAGAUUCGAAAAUGUCGGAAACGAAAACUCCCAAAUCGCACAACGAGCGCACGGGGAAGACUAAAAACAAGGAAAACAUCGAUCGAGCGCCGGUAACUGGUACGGGCGGAGCUAAUCCCUUUUACGCUACGCCAGAGUACAAAAUCAUCCAGUGCCGUGAUGUCGAGUACGGAGAAAUGACGAACGAGCUGGAUGCAAAAAUCGAUGUAACAAUUCCACGCGCGCUCAAAGUAGUCAUCACACUGCCAUUGCUACGGUCCGCCUCCGAGUGUGCGCUGGAUGUUACUAAGACAACCAUGUACCUGGUGAGCGAAAAGCCUGCCAAGUACAAGCUGGAGCUAAAGCUACCCUACGAGGUGAAGGAAAACGAAGGGAAGGCCAGCUUCAACAUUGAUGAACGAUCGCUCACGGUGACGCUGCCCGUACUGCGGAAGCGCAACAUCACGCUGCAGGACAUUAACAGCGUCAACGCGUCGGCUAAACAGGCGAAAGAGUCGGGCAAGCUGAUCGAAGAAAUAAAUACCAUUCCAGCAGCCACCGUCGAGGUACCGAUGGCAAAGGCCACCAUAACUGCCGUACCGUCGUCCGUGGUGGAAGCAGCGAAAAAAACUGUUUUUCCCAAGUUUUCUGUGAACAAAAUGGAAAACCUGCUCGCGUUCACGCUGAACGUGCGCAAUGUGGAUCCGAGCACGAUCCAGCUCGAUAACCGGUCCAACUCGGUGUACUGUCGGUUUUCAAACCUGGGCAAUGGAUAUUUCCCCUGCUUCUACCUGUUCUUCGUACGCUUCCCGAAUGCACAGGUGACCGAAAUCCAGCACGAGGAAUGGGACAACAAUCUGAUUAUUCAGAUCACACUCAACACGGCCAACGUGUCAUCGUAUCAUGCUGGUCCGGAUGAGCACGACACCGUGGAAUACUCCAUAAUGGAAGAUAUUACGGACAAGAUCAAUAAAUUCGGGAAGGAAAUCGAAGACGACAGUCUGUGUAUAGCAGUGGUGCGUCAAGCCAAUGCCACGGCGAAGGUGAAAUCCGAUGGGCUGAUGAGCAUCGAGAUCACCAAGCGGGAGGAAGUCGACCAAACGGUGCGCGAGCCCGAAACGGAAAAAGAGGAAGAAAAAUCUUCAAUGCCGGAAGCUUGCUCGGCUACUUCCGCAGAGGAGUGCGACGAGAAGGAUGGUUCUGAGGCGGAGAAGGCCAGAACGAUGCUAAAGGCGAAGCGGAAUUCGCGCAAGAAGAAGAAGCAGCGAUCGCUGUCCGAUUCCUUCUGCGAUCAUCUGAAGGUGAUCGUGGAGAAUGAAGCCACGACGGGCAAUUUCGAUCAGCCGAAAGUGGAGCAAAACCCAACGCCUUCCGGCAAGGUAGUGGACACGCCGGAAACGAAGGCGAGAAAAGCCCGCAGCAUAUCCGAGUGUGGCCCGGUGAAGGAAUCGGAUGGUGGAGAAGAAGCUGCGACGAUACCGACCCUGACGCGCAAGUACAAGAGCAUCCUGAAGCGUAGCUCGUACGAUCGCAGCAUCAGCGAAUGUUCGUCGGUCGAUGAUUUGGGAACGUCGGUGGAGAUGGCCCGAUCGAUCGGAGAAGAGUGUCGCAAGACAGUACGCUUCAACAACUCCAUUCGUAAGCAAUUGUUCAGAUCAAACUCUUGCAUUCUAACUAUGAAGAAGAAAGCGCAGAAAAGGAAAGAAGUGCAGCGCCGUGCCGAUGCCCGUCGAAUGAGCGAAGGGGAGAGCACUGAUAACGAUGAAAAAGACGCGCACCGUCACGAUGAUGGGCAUUGUUCCAGCAGCGACCAGCACGACGACAAGGAUGCGAUGGAGCACGACAGCGGUGUUUCGUUCGAUUCGGAGUCGGGUGAUAAGGAAGCUGUGGCCGUUAAAGCGGCCGAGAUGUCGGGUGGACGCGGGAAAAGUGCGUCGAAGCGGAAAAACAACAGCAAGAGCGGUAAGUCGGCUGGUUCGAAGUCGAACAACGGGAAGAAGCAAGGUACUAAUGCAAAGAAUAUUGAGUUCAAAAGUGAUAUGAUUUUCGAUAUCGAAAUUUAAACGCACGUGAGUUUGCGGGCGGGCCGUUUCAGGCGUUAAAGCCCGAUCUAUUACACAUUAUCCCACUUUACUUAUUGUGUUAUUCUUUAAUUAGGCACGUCUCAACGUCGAAGUAGACUGGUAAUACAUACUUAGAAUAGAAUGAUUUUGAAUAAAGAAAGCCGAUACAUUGCACAGUUACA